AUGUUCUUUAUUCCAAUUUCCCGUCAGGCAUUCCGGCCCUCUGCUAUUCAAAUCAACCGACUGGCGAGGGUGACCUACCAUGGCAAGGCCGAAUCAAAUGUCAAGCCCGAGGAUGAAUUCUUCCUCAAUACGACCUUCCCCGAUGAUUUUGAAGCAUCGCCCCUGAAGCCAGAGGUUCUUCAGAAAGACCAGGAUCGCCAGGACAGCACUAAAUCUACCACUCAGACAGCUUCUACAGAUAACAAGAUCCGCGAUUCCAAGCCACAUGAAAACAAGGGCGAAAAUAUGCAAGGCCCAGACGACGCGGAGAGAGAGCCCAACUUGGACGAAAUGUGA